CCAUGGCAAAAGGCAAUGCAAGAAAUAAGGGAAAAAGUGAAAGCAGGUUGUGUUGGUUGGCAAGGUAAUAAUAAGCUUGAAAAGCAUAUGCCCCUCUCUUCUUCUCUCUCUCUCUCCUCAGUUACACCACCUAUAGAUCAAUCACUGUACAGAGGCCUCUUCCCAAGAAGACAAGAAAAAAAUAAACUUCAAAAUAAAGAAACCCCAAAAAAAUUUGAAGAAAAUAAUGAGUACCCAUUUUGUUUGCAAAGCUCAAAGCUCAAAGCUCAAAGCUCAAAGCUCUUGUCUUUCUCUCUCUUCAUCAACCUCAUUGUGCUUAUGGGGGUGGAUUAUGAUUGAGUGAACUAGACAAAAGCUUAGCUAAGUCAUCAGGACAUAUCCCCUAUCAUUCCCCCACACUCUACUGUCAAUUAACAUUAUGCAUUUUCUUUCUCUUUGAGCUCUACUUUCCUUUCUUGUUUUUUUGUCCCCAAUUUCAUAGUUUAUGGGGUUGCAAGAUUUCUUGAUCUUCUGUUGUUGAAUACAGUAAAAAACUAAUCUUUUUUGUUGGGGUUGAAAGGUUUCUUGAUUUUCUGUUGUUGAAUACAGUAAAAAACUGAUCUGUAUUGUUUUUCUCCCAAGAAAAUGUGGGGAGCUGAAAGAAAAGAGAGAUUCAAGAAAGGAAUAGAGUGAAAAAUCAAAUCUUUUUUCUCCCCUCUUGCUUUUCUUGCAUUUUAUAGGCUGCUACAUUUAAUCAGUACAAUGAGGAAGCAUGGAUGGCAACUUCCCUAUCAUCCUCUUCAGGUGGUAGCCGUUGCUGUAUUUCUGGCAUUGGGAUUUGCUUUCUAUGUAUUCUUUGCACCUUUUGUUGGGAAGAAAUUGCUUCAGUAUAUUGUGAUGGGGCUUUAUACUCCUCUUAUAAUUAGUGCAUUUGGCUUGUAUAUCUGGUGUGCUGCGGCUGAUCCUGCUGAUCCAGGAGUUUUUAAAUCCAAGAAGUAUCUUAAGAAGCUAGACCACCAAAAGCAAGUUCAACUUAAAGAAUCCAAGUUAGGGUGCGACACGAAUUCGUCUAUACAAGAUGCUAAUGCUGCAUCAAUUGGGGAAAAUGCAUCUGGAAAAAGCAAUAAAGGAGCUGAACCAGCUGCAGAUCACAAUGAAACUGAACAGAAAAUUACAGCUACUCGUCAAAGAUCUUCCUCUUCUGGAUUGUUGGCUCUACUACCUUGUGCUCUUAUCAGCAACUGCGCAGGUAGACAUGAGGAGUCUUCUCAGCAACAGUUGAGUGAAGAUGGCAUGUUCUACUGCAGUUUGUGUGAAGUAGAGGUAUUUAAAUACAGCAAGCAUUGCAGAGUAUGUGACAAGUGCGUUGAUCAGUUUGACCAUCAUUGCAGGUGGAUAAACAACUGUAUAGGGAAAAGGAACUAUCGCAAGUUCUUUACGCUCAUGGUUUCAGCCCUCCUGCUGCUUAUACUUCAGUGGUCAACUGGAAUUCUUGUACUAAUCUGCUGCUUUAUUGAGAAGAAGAAAUUUUCUGCGGAAAUCACCUCCAAAUUAGGAAGCAGUUUCUCCAUCGUUCCCUUUGUUAUCGUGGUGGCUGUUUGUACCAUAUUGGCCAUGAUAGCCACCCUGCCACUUGCCCAACUUUUCUUCUUUCACAUACUCCUCAUAAAGAAGGGAAUUAGCACCUACGACUAUAUCAUUGCUCUCAGAGAUCAAGAGCAACAAGGAGUUACAGGUCAGCAAAGUCCUCAAAUGUCUACUGUUAGCUCCCUAACUGGGUUAAGCAGUGCAAGCUCCUUCAAUACUUUCCAUCGAGCAGCAUGGUGCACUCCACCUCGCCUUUUUGUUGAGGAUCAGUAUGAUGUAGUUCCUCCUGACACUGUAUCGGUCAGUUCACUUGGUAAAAGGUCAACAGCGGAGGAACCAAUCAAGAAAAAGAAUCCAGCUGCGGUGAAGAUUAGCCCAUGGACAUUAGCACGAUUGAAUGCAGAGGAUGUUUCAAAAGCUGCUGCUGAAGCAAGGAAGAAAUCGAAAAUUCUCCAGCCAGUGGUGAGAAACAAAGAACCUUACGUUCUUGAAACAAAUAGCAGUUUAGGAAGUAGCGGACGUCGCAUGGUGCCUAGGCCUGAUAAUAAUAGAAGGAGAGCUAGUAAACGAGUUCGACUCCCUGCAGAGCUACCCUUUGAAACCUUGAGUAAAAUUCCCAAUGAUAUAGCUCAAAACAGUAGACGGCCCAUGAUAACCGAGUCAUCAAGCAGUUUAACGCCCCUUCAUCUUGAAGCACGAAGUGAUUUCCGAACGAGCAGAGGACUGUCCACCUCAGGUGGUGUUGUUGCUUCUUCACCUGAGAGUAGUUUGGACUCUCCUGACAUUCACCCUCUCCGGGUGUCAUCCUCAGGAGUUGAAGACGCUGCACGUCUUGUAGGCCAUCUAUCAUCUGGAAUGACUCUUCAGAAGGACACUCCAUUGUCUAGAUCGACUAGUGAUGGAUACGAGGCAUCUGGUGGGGAGGAUAGCGAUCGUGUGCCUACUCGAAUUGUGCAAAGGUCGACAAGGUGGAGUAGCAUUCUUUUUGGCUCUGAUCAACAAGAUGAUAGAGUCAGAAGAUUGAUGGUACCGUCUUCAUCAAGCCAGGCUAACCUCAGGAAGCAUUGAGCGUUGAAACAUACUUGGGAAUUCUUCUGUAAGCUCUUCUUGAAGCUACAUGAUCUGUUGACAUUUCUUAAUUUGUUGAUGAUGUUUGUCCAGUAGUAUAUACCUUCAACUUGGUCUGUUCCAUUGUUCAUUGAGUUCAAUUUUUGGAUUUUUGGGUGAGAGAAGUGCUGUAAAUUCUAGUGGAAAAAAGAUUAUGUCUAUUCUCUUGUCCUCAAAUACAGCAUUCAAUGAUCACUA